CAGCCUUGCAAAGUCCGCAAGACCGGCGUAACCACCAUACCACACGCCACACGUGCUGUAAUAAUUGCCAUUCGUUCUCUAUUUCGACAUGCGUCGCAGCGCGCCAGACGCGCCUUCCAUGAGAUAGCAUAAAGCAGCCAACCCAACCCAAGACAUUAGGAUGGCGUCGGCGCGGCGCGUAAAAGCGAUGCUCUACGGCAUCGCCGCAAUAUCAAGCAUAUCGUCAGCGCAGCGCAUCGAGCACCCAGGCACCGGGGCCACGAGCCCCAACGCCUACUUCGUCAUGGUCGGGCCCCUCGAGCCCCAGCGCGCCUACCACCCCUGGCUCGUGUCCGCGGUAUCGAUGGCGAACACCUUGAAAGACCACGGGUCGACGAGCGACUUUGUCCUUUUAUUAGCGACGAAGCGGGAUGGGCGGCCGCGCGAGACUGUAGAUCUACUAGAAGAAGAAGAAGCCACUUUGCUCAAAACGGGCUGUCGGUGGCGCUACGCCCAACCACCCGGUAAGAAACACCUGGCGGGCUACCACAUGGGCCACUACAAAUUGUUAGCGUGGCAGCACGUCGAGUAUGCAACCAUACAACUGUUGGACGCCGAUUUACUGCCCGUCAACAACCUAGAUCCGCUCUUCUCAUUGACAAAAGCUUUGAACACCGAAGUCGUAGCGUGCCCGGGCAAGGUCGCUCCAUUGAAUGCAGGAUGGGUUUUAAUACGACCAUCACUGACAACGUUCGAAGGUUUACUGAAAACGCUCGAUAUAAUGAGAAGGACGAAUCGCGACGCGCCCUACGGCCAUGCUAUGAAGACGCCCUGGCGCGCGGCGACGGGGGCCGCGGGCGGCAGCGACUGGCGCUUCUUCGAUGUCUUCGGGAACCAAGGGCACAUGUACGACUACUUUCGGUUCGAGGCGAAGAGCUUGAGCGUCAUCACGCAGUCGACGCAGAACGGCACGCGGGUCUUCUCAUAUAAAGAUGAGGAGCGCAUCCUUGAUGAAUUGCCGUCCGUGUUGGACGCGGCGUUUCCGUGCCCGUUCCCAGUGCGGGGCAAGCGCGCGCCCAGUGGGUUGGCCUACCACCACUUCACGGGGUCGCGGAAGCCCUGGCGGCCCUUCACGCCGUCGAACGCGAAGUACCGGGCCUGGUACGCGGCGGCGUCGCGGCGGGGCGCGGACCUGGGGAUUCUGGAGGGGUUGUUUCCUUCCGUGCCGCGGGACGUGCUGCGGGACGCGGCGACUCGUGCUUUGUAAUAAUUUUGGUUUUGUGAUGG